GUUUGGGGCAGUUGUAAAAAUUGUGUUUUGAUAAUUUGGGGGAAGCGGGGGAGGGGAAUAUAUUGACUCUGGUCUUGCCAGUUAUUUUGCUACUCAUGGCAUUAUUCACCAAACUUCUUGCACUAAUACUCCUCAAGAAAAUGGUGUUGCAGAAUGGAAAAAUUGUCAUCUUCUUGAUGUGGCCCGUUGUCUAUCCUUUGAAAUGUGUGUCUCUCGAUCAUAUUGGGGGGAAGCGGUAGUCAUUGCAGCUUAUUUGAUUAAUCGUCUACCUACCCAAGUCCUUCAAAAACGCACCCCUAUUCAGGUUUUGUUCGUUUCAUGUCUUCUGGGUUCUCCAUUCCCCCUAAGACCUUUGGAUGUGUUUGUUUUGUCCAUAAUCAUUUACCCCUCGUGGUAAAUUGGAUCCUAGGUCUCUUAAGUGUGUUUUCCUGGCUUACUCUGCCACCCAAAAAGGCUAUAAGUGUUAUCAUCCUCCAUUUCACAAAUACUUUGUUUCCAUGGAUGUCACUUUCUUUGAGUCUCACUCUUACUUUCCAACAUCCUCAUUGUCACAGUCCUCCCUUCAGGUGGUGCCUUGGUGUGAAGAGAUUCCUGUGCCACUGCCACCAAUGGUGGAACAAAUAGAGGAUGUUGAGCCAGCAAUUGUUGUGGAAAAGGAAAAAUGCAAAGUUUAUGUCAUUAUCAAAGAUAGACAGAAAGUCACCUGGAUGGAAGAGACUACUUUCCCUCCUCUACUGCCAGCUUCUUCUCCGGAUGAGUGUCCAGAGUCAUCUCCCUCUCCUGCGAAUCCAGUCUGCUUUACAAUUUUCAGGAUGCUCUCUCCAUUUCUGAAUGGAAACAUGCCAUGAUGGAGGAGAUGAGAGCUUUCAGCAAGAAUGGCACUUAGGGGUUAAUGGAGUUACUUAGAGACAAAAAUUCAGUUGGGUGUAAGUGGGUGUACAUUGUGAAACACAAAGUAGUUCCAUAGAACAGUACAAAGCAAGACUGGUUGCUAAGGGUUUUACUCAGACUUAUGGGGUAGAUUACCAGGAGACAUUUGCACCAGUUGCGAAGAUGAACUUUGUGAGAAUACUACUCUCUCUUGCAACAAAUUUGGAUUGGCCACUUCAUCAAUUUGAUGUGAAGAAUGCCUUAUUUCAUGGAGACCUAGAAGAAGAGGUCUAUAUGGAUAUUCUCCCUGGUUUUGAGGAUGCUAGGUCCAAAGGUAAAGUGUUCAGGCUCCGAAAGUCACUUUAUAUGCUAAAGCAAUCCGCUAA